AUGCCGGUCUCGCAGGAUCCUUCCUUCACCACCAUGCCGCGAGAAAUCCGAGACAUGAUAUACGACCUCUGUCUCGUAUACCCCGUAGAGCUCGCAGUCCUUCCCUCGCGUCGUGACAGAGACGACAUCGCUACAGGCAGCGCUCUCGGAUGGCCGUCUGCUCCCUUACUCGCAGUCAGUUCGAUGCUUCGAGCUGAGGCGGCCCACGCUUUCUACGGCAAGAACAGAUGGAUGCUAUCUUGCAUGAUACUAUCUGACGAGGAGCCGGAGGUUCCGCUACCGGCCCUGUUCUGGUCUCACGUGCGCCACGUGUCGGUUAGGUUCGACUGCGACGUGGUCGAUCCAACAGAGAUGGGGAGGAUAUCUCGGGAGCUGUUCACGGGCCAGAACGCCUCUCUCGCGGAUGUUGCGCGCACCACGGCAAUCCAUGAAGAGCGCAAGGAACACCUCGUGGAGGUUUGGGCGAAGAUGUGCCGUGCUCUUGACAUUUGGAACUUACAGCUCGUGUCGCUGCAGAUGGACUUUACGCAUUGUUAUUGUCCCAGCGGAUGCUGUCGGAUGAUCUCGGAUGCUAACGUGGAAGCACUUAGUUGGAUUCGCCCUUCGGAGCCUCCAGAAAAGACCGUAUCGAUUGCAACAGGCUUGAUCAGUGAGGCGGAGCAGGCUCAUAUGCAUCUGAUGGGUCGAAAGUGCAAAAAGUGCGUCGAUACUCCCUGGGAAGACCGGAUGACGCUCGAAAAGUUGUAUUGCAGAGACCCCUUACGGUCACUUUUGGGAGUGAGAGGGAGGAAUUAG